CCAUUGUUUGACAGAAAAUUUCAGAUGGCGUUAUCAACGUUCGUGAAAUUACACUUACGGGGUUUUCGAACUCAACCUCGCCACUUAUUUCAACAGUUAUUUUGAUGCAAAAAUUAUACAAAUCGUAGAAAAAUAUUAAAAUAUGGCGAAGGGAGGAAAAAGCAAUCAAGGUGGAUUUCAGCCGGAUUCUGAUGUUCAUAUUACUUACGAAGAGCAACAAAAAAUUAAUAAAUUUGCAAGACAAAAUGCAAAGUUGGAGGACUAUAAAGAAGAGCUUAAAAUUAAGCAGAAUGAAUUGAAAAAUUUGGAAGAUGCUUCUGACGAAUUGACUCUUAUGGAUGAUGAUGUAAAAAUACCAUAUUAUAUUGGAGAAGUAUUUGUUUAUCAAUGUCUCGAAAAGACACAGAAUUGUUUGGAAGAUGCUAAGAAUAAGAAAAAAUCAGAAAUUGCAAAUUUGGAAAGCAAAUGUACAGAGUUGAAGACUAUCAUGAGCGAAUUAAAAACACAAUUAUAUGCAAAGUUUGGUAGCCGUAUAAAUUUGGAAUCAGAAGAAUCCGAUUAAUCUUUUCAGUAAUGAAUUUAUUAUUAU